AUGACUGCCGUUGUUCGAUUUGUCACUGUGUCUAAAAACACCGUGGAAAUUUGCGAGCAUUUCAUUGGCUUCGUUGUUGUGGACGAUACAACUGGUAAGGGAUUGUAUGAAACGUUGUUAGAUAUCUUGAAAUCAAACAAUCUUGAAUUGAAUAACUGUCGGGGUCAAGGGUAUGACAAUGGCAGUAAUAUGAAAGGUAAAAAUAGUGGUGUUCAGGCCAGAAUUUUGAAGGAUAAUAAAAGAGCGUUUUUUGUUUCCUGCAGUUGUCACAACCUCAACCUAGUAGUUUCAGAUGCCGGACAUUCGUCCGUCACAGCUGAACUAUUCUUUGGUGUUCUUCAAAGGCUAUUCGCAGUCUUCGCUGCUUCAACCCAGAGGUGGCAAAUAUUAAAGGAGCACGUUAAUAUCAGUGUGAAAUCAUUGCCUGAAACUCGCUGGGAAGGGAAAAUAAAUGCUGUAAAAGCUGUGAGGUUCCAAAUAGCAGAAAUCAGAGAUGCGUUGCAGGAACUUUGUCGAAUGUCGCAAGUAUGGUAUGAUGUACUGCAAGUGAUCAACAGAAUCAGUAAAGCUUUACAAUGUCCGAAAGUUGAUUUGCAUACUGCGAUGAACAUGAUUGAUGGUGCUCUUCUUCAAUUACAAACCUUUCGAGAAUCCGGUUUCGAAACUUGCAUAGCCACCGCUAAAAAAAUGGCUGAGAAGUUAGAUAUUUCACAAACUUUAACCGAAUCACGUACCCCACGAACAAGACGAUUCUUUGAUUAUGAGUCUCAGCACGACGAACGACCUAGCGAUCCGAUGAAAAGGUUAGAAAUUGAAUUUUUCAACAAAUUAUGCGAUAUAGCGAUAUCAAGCCUACGCGAACGUUUCGAAAUGACCCAAAACGUUUGUGAACCAUUUAGUAUCAUCCGAAACUCGGAUAAUUUUAUGAGAUUGGACAGAACCCAAAUUUUGACUAAGUCCAAGGCUUUAGAAAAUUAUCUGACUGGUGAAGACGAGAACAGUGACAUUGAUGGUUGGGAGCUUGCCGAAGAACUGGAAUCUUUAAAAGCUUACUUCGUAGCCGCUGGAAUGACCGACUGGAGUGCACUCGUUAUGAUAUCGCACAUUAUUGAUAAAGGUCUGGAUGAGAUAUAUCCAAAUUUCACUGUGACCUUAAGAAUUUUCUUAACAUUACUAGUAACCUCCGCGUCGGGUGAAAGGACCUUCUCAAAGCUAAAGCUCAUCAAAACUUACCUGCGAUCCACUAUGUGCCAAGAUCGACUGAAUGGUUUAGCUGCGAUGUCAAUUGAGCAUGGAAUUUGCAACGAGUUGAAUUUCAGCGAUAUUAUAGCAUCUUUUGCGAACAAAAAAUCUCGCAAAGUCCCACUUUAA